AGAAGUUUCAGUUGUCAACACAAUCGUUAAAAACUUUUAUUGUCACAAUUCAAAUGUCAAAUGUCGUUUUUUGAAUGGAGAAUGAAAAAGUAAACAGAAUAAGUGGAAAACAAAAUCCCAAAGAAUUUUAAUCAUAUUUUAUUAUUUUACUGUGUGUAUUUAUUUAGUUUGUAAUGGUUGUACUUGACCUAUAUAAUUCAGAAGAUGUUGACUGUACCAAUAAACUUUGUUCUUUGAAUAAUGGGUAUCAUUUUGUUGGUAGAGAAACACCAAUCAUUAGUAAUAAUAAAAUGAUAUCAAGAAGGCAUGCUAAAAUUGUUGUGCAUAAAAAUGGCGCAAUUAUUGAGUCGAUACAUGUUAAUCCUACAUUUUUCAAAUCAUCAGUUGGAGGGUCAAUUCAGUUACUCAAAGAACAUGAAUCUCUAUCAUUAAACAGUGGUGACUGUUUUGCUCUACUAGAGGAUGCUAUCUGGUUCAGAGUAAAAAUAAUUCAGGAACAUAGUGAAGAACCUCUUACAGAUGAACAAUCUCACAAUCCUCUUGGGAAUAAAAGAGGUAAUGAUGAAGAUAUUGCAGAUACUAAUAAACGUAUAAAAAUGGAAAUUGAUGAUUCAUUAGAUACCACUACAGAUUCUUCCAAAGUUGCUGGUACUGCAUUAGAAGAAUCAGGUGUUGCAGAUGCAAACUUAACAACUAAUGGUACAAAUGUACCAAAUUGCAAUAAUAUUGAAACUGAUCUUGAUUCAACAAUAGAAGAAUUAGAUGUUGCAGCUGCAAGCUCCACUGUUAAUGUUACAAAUGUUGAAAAUGUACUAAAUUGCAAUAAUAUUAAAACUGAACAGCCUGAAACUGAUUCGACUUUAGAAGGUGUAGCAGUUGAAUAUACUGUCAAUAACACUCAGAAUGUACAAAAUCCUGGUAAUAUUAAAACUGAAAAACCUGAUGAUGAUGAUGAUGAUUCAACUGACUAUCUACCUAUGCCAUUACCAUUACCAGAAAUUAAACAAGAACCCCUUACUGAUGGAUUACAUAAUCCUGCUUCUACAAACAAUGAGCCUCCAGAUCAGGUUAUAUCUGAUCAGCCAAGCAGUUCCACAAAUGACAAUAUUCCAGCUUGGAGAAGAGAUCAUCCUGAUUGGAGACGAGAUAGAUGUUGGUAUGGUAAAGAUUGUUACAGAAAAAAUCCAAUUCACAAAGAAGACUUUAGUCACCCUUCUGAUAAUGAUUAUGAUAGUGAUCCUAAAGACAAUAGAAUUGUUUGUCCUUUUGGAAGAAGUUGUUAUAGGACAAAUAUUCAGCACAGAAGGCAAUUUAAGCACUUUGGCAAACCAGCUCCAAGGCCAAAUACUUUAUGUGUUAAUGGAUGUCCAUGUUGUAAUAAUUCUAGAAAUAAACCAGGCUAUGAAAGUGAUUGUGAGCAUACCGACCCAGAAUAGAAAUAUAAAAACUUGCAAAGAACUAUAUAAUACAUAAAUGACUUUAUACAAUUCAAAUUUUAAUAUCGUUAGCUAAAGAUGUUUAGCAUUUUUUAAACAUUCAAAAUAUGUACAUUUAAUAAUACUGUUUUAAUUAAUUAAAAUGUAUUAUUUCAUGAUACAACUGUUUCCAUUAAUGAAUGAUUUAACAAAAAAUAAGUGUGGAUAACACGAGGGAUAAUGUUAACCCUUUGAAUCACGAAUUAAUAUUUAUUCAUAAAAGAUUUCUCAAAUGACAGCAAACAACUAACUUUGGCGCCAACAUUUUGUUACUUGUUAUAAUCUGCCAAAUGGCGGCAUGUGAUAACAAUUGAAUUCAAUAAAUGUCACUAAAUGCAAUAAUGAGGAUUCCUUUUAUUUUUUUACUGUGUAUUUUUUUAUAAUCUACUUUAUUCAAAUUUAGAUAUGAAUUUUAUUUUUAGUUUUGUCAUAUAUUAAAUAAUAUGGCGGCUACUUGAUUAGUGAGAUUACAGUGGAUACUUACCAUUGUUAGUCUGGCUCAUUGAGAUAGAAUAAAGAGGAGAUGCUAUGACGAUGCUAAAAGUGUUUGCACCUUUGCAUUACACUUUUACGUCAUGUCAAACUCGAGCUAGUGGAACUAAUCAGUUUUGGUGGGAAUAAAUGUCAUCUUUUAAAAAUAGCUUUAUUUAAAUUAAAUAAAAACAUUUUCAUUUCGUCAAUCUUCAAAUGUAAAAUUAUUGACAUCAAAGUACAACUCUAAGUCGUCAUUAUGUCGUCUCUACUUCAUUCUAGCUUGAUAGUCUGGCUUCACUUUCAUUAUUUUUAUUAGUGUUUUUAGUAAACACCAUUGAUUAUAACUAAUUCUUCCUAAAAUAUGUGGAUCACUAAGUGCCAUGUGAAUGAUAUUUUUGCAAGAAUUAAGGCUAGUCUGUAAUUAAGUUGUUUUACCUGGUAUGUUUGCCAGUUA